AUGAAGUCUAAACCCAAAAAAACUGUAACUGUGAAAAAAGAAUGGCAAAGCUCACUCGACAGCUUCUUUUUAACCACCAGAAAGAAGAACCAGCCUGAAUGCACCGUGGCUGCUAUUGCUGAUGGUGCCUCAAUGAAUAUUGUUUCGGCUAUACACACGAUUGACGCCACCUCUACAAACCAGGCUGAUAAUCAACUGCUAAUAUCCGAAAAUGAUGAUAAUAUCUUAGCGCAAGCCAUGUGCAGAAAGCGCGCAAGAGAACAAGAUGAGGUGCCUGGAAACACUGGACAUCAAAGACCACGGGUUUCGUCUGAUCUACCCGCUUCUGCUGCGUCUGAGGUUUCAGUAAUUGAUAAAACGAAGACGCAUGAUACAUCACCACUGGCCAUGCCUGAUAUUCAAAUGGCUGAGAUGAGCUUGUCAGACAAACUUGAUACUUAUAUUUCAAAUGGCAGUAAUAGCUCGUCGUCAUCUAAUGGAGCUACAGUAGUAGCGCAAGUUGGUGCAUUGGCUGUCAGCUCUCCGAACAUUAUUGAUCUAGCCACUGAUGAGCCUGGCAACCAAAAAACUCAAGACACCAUUAUGUCAGAAGUGCCAGACCUUAAAGUUGAACAAGACAAAGAUAGUACAAAGACAACCUCUGUGAAAACCCAAGCUGAAGCUGUGCCUGUACGGGUUACCAAUGCUGGCGGCGUGAAUCCAGAUCUUGAUCCGGAGGAGAAUGACCCUAAUAACUACUGCCGUAAAUGUGGCAAAACGUAUGCUGACAGAGCAAAGUUCAGGAUCCAUCUGAAAACAUAUCACAAGAUGAAGUUGACAAGAAUCCCGCACGCUACCUCCAUCAAGCAUCCAGAGUUAGAGCCUGACAUUGACGACCCCAACUGGUCCUGUCGCUCCUGUGAAACACAGUACCCCACAAAAGCAAGAUACCGAGCUCAUCUGAAAGGCUGUCAUGGCAUGGUACUCGUGCCUCUAUAUGGCGAUGACAAGUACGUGCCUGACAUUGUACCUGAUGAAUUUGACCCUAAUUUCUACUGCGCUGCUUGCAACAUUACAAAGUCAUCGAGGUCAACUUAUCGUGGGCAUUUGAAGCAUUAUCACCGCAUGACGCUUACAAAUUUGAACUUUAAGCCCCCUAAAAAUCCUAACGAUUUGCCUGAAAUUGACGACCCAAACUUUUAUUGUCGCGUCUGUGAUAUCACAAAAGCAUCUCGUAAAGAAUACCGCAACCAUCUCCGUGAUAAGCACCAAAUGAAGCUGGCGCCCCUGUUCAAAGGUCCCAAUGCGAAUCCGAGUCUGGAGCCAGAUAUCGAAGAUCCCAACUUUUACUGCCGCACUUGCGAUGUUACCUACGUAUCUAGAGCGAGAUACAGAGUCCAUCUUCGGCACACCCACAAGAAAGACCUGCCUUCUGAAAAGCCCACAGUAGUAUCCAACAAGAAUCCUGACAUCUUGCCUGACCUCUAUGAUCCCAACUUUUGGUGCCGCUCCUGUUUGAUUCGACUAGAUACGCUGGCCAAGUACAGAGGCCAUUGCCGUGUUAUCCACAAGAUGCAAUUCAAGCCCAUCAAAGGAAAACCAAAAAUUACCUCCAAAGAACUGCCUGAUCCAGACGAUCCCAACUUUUACUGCAAGGUGUGCAAAAUCACAAAAAAGGACCGUGCCAUAUAUCGCAGGCAUUGCUCUGUAUCUCACUUUAUGGUGCUGAAUGAUCCACGCAAAGGGCCCAAUGCAAAUCCAGAUCUCGAGCCAGAGAUUGACGACCCCAACUUCUAUUGCCGUACCUGUGAUUCUAAAAAGGCAAACAACAGCGCCUAUCGUGAACAUCUACGCAGAGUGCACAGUUUGGUGCUCGUUCCGCAAUGCCCUAAACCUCAUGUUCCAUUGGAAAUGCUGGAGAAGCUGCCUGACCCUAAAGACCCUACUUUUUACUGUUGUAUUUGCGACAAGUCAAAGGGGACUCGAAAAGCGUUUCGUAAUCAUCUGCGUGAAGUACAUAAAAUGAACAUUCCCUCCGAAAGUCGUGUGUUUGUGGACAAAGACCCCAACAUCAUUCCAGACAUUGACGAUCCCAAUUUCUACUGUCGCUCCUGCAAGAUUCACAAGCCUGAUCGAAGACUGUACCGCAAGCACCUGCGAGCUGUUCAUAAGAUGGUCCUGAAACCGCUGAAAGGAGCAGAAAGCCGUGAUCCCAAUGCUGUGAUAGAUCCUGAUGAUCCCAAUUUUUACUGCGCUUCCUGUAUGCUGCACAAACCUAACAGAAUCAAGUAUCGCAAUCACUUGAGACGCGUGCAUCACAUGGUGCUGGAGCCCAUCUAUAAGAAAUGGCCCUUCCCAGAGGCUAAUAUCGAUGUCAAUGACCCCAACUUCCACUGCGCUAAAUGCGACGUGACACUUAAGAGCCGAGGAAAGUAUCGCCAUCAUGUGCGUUAUGUGCACAAGAUUAUUCUCAAGCCUAUUCGCCGUCGAAGGUAUACCAAUCCAGACAUUGAGCCUGAUGUCCAUGACCCUAACUGGUACUGCAAGUCAUGUCUUGUCACCAAGACCAGUCGUAGAGAGUAUCGCAGACAUCUUGUCACUUUCCACAAAAUGAAAUUGCAGCCUAUUGUAAGCAGACCCAACAAGAAAGUUGCUCCAGAUAUCAAUGAUGCCAACAAUUACUGCAAGUCUUGCAACAUCACAUUUGCCAACAAAACGAAAUACAGGUACCAUUUGGUCACUGUCCACAAGAUGAAUAGCCUUCGACGUGCGAUUGGCUACCAGGCCUUGCCAGAGGUCAAAGACCCCAAUUUCUACUGUAAGGUGUGCAAGCUGAUUUACCCAGACAAGGAAAAGUACUGGAACCAUUUAAGAAACAAGCAUGACAUGGAUCCAGAGGCACCUACGUUUGAUGAUGGCCAUGUGGUGGAUGGGCAUCAACAACAGCAACCAGCAGAUGAGGAAGACAUCAAACUAGAGCUACAAGACGAGCCUCAUACAAUGAACGACUUUAAUGAGGAGUAUGAUGACCUAGACGAUGAUAUGAUCAAGCUGGAAGUACAGGAAGUACUUUAUGAGGAUGAGGAUGACUUUGGAGAGAGUGCAGAGAGCUCAACUGUUGCUAAUGAAGACAGAGGCCAAGCUUAUUGUGAAGAAGACGAUAACUGGAGUGAGGCAUCUCACGUGGGCGUUUACAAUAGAAACAAUUCUGUCAAUGGUGACAGUGAGCAAAGUCAAGCGGAUGAUUAUGAACUGAUGGACAACAGUGAUGAUGAAGAUCUCUACAGGGAGCAUUCUUCUGAGGAUGGCGAAGGUGACGAGGAUUAUGCGUCUGAUUAA